CAGUGCGACAAUGGAACCCACACUUGACAAUUAUGCGCUUAGUUGUGAGCUCCUGGGCCACAGCAUGGACGUGCGCACCGUAGCUGCCGGUCCCAGCUCUGCUGAAGGUCAAGCGAUACUUUCUGGCUCAAGAGACAAGAGCGUCAAGCUUUGGAAGCCGAUAGGCAACGAGUACGUGGAAAGCCUGACAAUGCAAGAUCACAAGAAUUUUAUAUCGUACAUCUGCUUUCUACCCGCCGAGCAAUGGAUAUGCACAGCCAGCAACGACGCCACAAUUUGCAUUUACAAGAAAGAUGGCUACGUACCAAUUUUGACACUGAAGGGCCAUGGAUCGACCGUGUGUACGCUAGCCGCUGCCCUUAAGCCGCGCAGUCUAAUCAGUGGUAGCUGGGACAUGACAGCGCGCGUCUGGAGCGUCGAUGAGUCGGGCAAUGUCUCGUCUGUAGAGCUGAAGGGUCACGAGGCGGCGGUUUGGGCAGUUGCCACACUGGUAACGCAACAGAAAUACGUCACUGGUGGUGCCGACAAGUCAAUAUACUAUUGGAACGAGAAGGGCGAGAAACUACGACUGUUAAAAGGACACACAGACUGUGUGCGUGGCCUUCUAUCCCUGCCCGGCAAUAUGCUCCUAUCGUGCGGCAACGACGCUGUCAUACGGUAUUGGAACGACGAUGGUGAAUGCGUGCGUCAGCUAAGUGGCCACACCAACUAUAUUUACGGUAUGGCUGCAAAUAUAGCGUUGAGUGAGCAUGUUGUUGUCUCCUGCGGAGAAGAUAGCUCGCUACGCAUGUGGAAUGUGAUCACUGGGCAACAAUUGGGAGCGCCAAUUUUGCAUCCAGCCAUUUCGGUGUGGUCAGUAACAUGCUUGACUAAUGGCGAUAUUGUUACGGGUUGCAGCGAUGGUGUCAUUCGAGUUUUCAGCCAAGUGCCGGAACGGCAAGCAAGCGAGGGCGUGAGAAAAGCCUUUACAUUGGCAGUGAGUGCACGCGCGGCUGACAUGAAUCAGGAAAUCGGUGGUAUUAAAAAGACUGAGCUUCCUGGCCCUGAAGCUCUACUCACGAAUGGCACACGAGAAGGUCAAACAAAAAUGAUUCGGCAACCGGAUGGUGCUGUGAAAUGCUAUAGCUGGGAACUGGGGCAAUGGAAUUUAGUGGGGGAUAUAGUCGGGGCAUCUGGGGGCACACAGACAUCAUCUGGCAAGAAACUGUUCGAGGGUAAGGAGUACGACUUUGUGUUUGACGUCGACAUAUCUGAUACAGAGCCACCAAUUAAACUGCCAUACAAUCGCGGUGAAGACCCCUGGCAUGUUGCCCAGUCGUUUAUACAUCGUAAUGGUUUACCACAAGCGUAUCUUGAUCAAGUCGCCAAUUUCAUAGUGAAGAACUCCGAAGGUUCCACGAUUGUUGCAACCUCAACAUCAAGCGGCUACCAGGAUCCAUUUACUGGGGGCUCUCGCUAUGUGCCCGGUUCGAGCAACACGACUGUGCAGAGCGGCGCCAAUGUUGAUCCAUUCACAGGGUCUUCUAGCUAUUCUACGAGAGCCAGUGAUGGCGGCAACAGCGCCGCACAGUCCCGCGUUAAUGUUAGCUUUGUGCGUGGCAAUGACAAACCCUUUCCCGUCAAUAGCUAUCGCACCUUCGACACUUGCGACGCUGCAAAGGUGCUGGAAAAAAUGAAAGAAUUCAACAACAAAUUGUCGAUCUCUGAUGGAAAGGUCAGUGAUGAAGUGUUGAACACAGUUGUUAAGCUGGCGGAGCCAACGCCUGAAGUGAACUUAGAAGCUCUGGAAGCACUAGUGCUGCUGCUUAAAUGGCCUAGCAACAUGCUUUUCCCAGUUCUAGACAUUCUACGUUUGGCCGUGCGUCAUGAGGCCAUAUUCAGCAUGCUUCAAAAUGGACAUAAUAUAAUGAAAAUUAUACUGCCACAAUUGAGCGGUGCAGCCGCCAACCAAUUAAUGGUAUUGCGCUGCCUUGCUAAUGUGUUAACGCACAAUACAGGGCGGCAGCAAAUUGAGACGCAAUUGCCAGAAAUCAUCGAUCUUGUAAUGGGUAUUCGUGCAGGCAGUGUCAACCUUCAGAUAGCAGUAGCCACAUUUUACCUUAAUGCCACCAUAUCACAGACACUGGGUGUGACAAAGCCAGCUGUGUGUCAUGUGGUCACUACCGGCAUUGUAGAACUGUUAAAGUGGGCCAGCGAUCUGGAGGCCUGCUACCGCUCCAUGCAAUCGAUUGGUAAUUUAACGACCACACCCUGUGGACAGGAGACUAUUGCACAGGUUGUUUCUGUGGACUAUGUGAUGGAUAAAUUGCGUGACCUCACAAACACGCCACAGAGUGAGAACUUCGCGAAGGUGAACAUUUUGGGACAGGCCCUGUUGGCGUCAUUUUAAAACCGAUCAAAACUCUCAUCCUAAAUUGUAUAUUGGACUGCAUUAUGAUAACUUGAUUAAAUAUGCAUACACACAUA